AUGGAAGCUAUUAUGCCAGAAGAACCAAAAACAAGUAUAUCAAAUCAUAACUCAAAAGUUCCAAUAUGGGCGCUUUCUGCUACUGAUGAAAGAACAGCAAGGAAGAAUUUGAAAGCAUUCACUUAUCAACAAUGUCAUGAAUAUGUCAAGGCAAUGGCUGAUUGCGCUAAAUUAAACGGGAUUAAAGUAUUUCCUAAUUGUGAUCCAGAAAAGGCUAAAAUGAAAAAUUGUCUCUUAUUUUAUCAAAAUGAUUCUAAAUAUUUAGAUGACGAAAGAGAUAAACUUAUUCUGGAAAGAAUUAAUAAACUAGAAGAACAAUUCAAACAGGGUAAGAAAUAA